AUGCGCAGUUCUCACGCACUAGCUGGACUUUCAUCACAUCGCAUUCUUGGUGAGGCAUACAAUAGAUUGCCUCUAUCUAAUGUUUCGAAUGCAAGAGCUAUUCAUGAAGAAAAGAACCAAAUCCAAAGCGCAAGACCAAACUUAUGCAGAUCACGUUCCGUCGAAAAGUUUUCGCAUAAAGAAUGUUCAUUUGGUGACCCAAGCAAUCCAUUAGACGUAACAGAAUAUCAGCACAUUAUUUGGCGCUCAUUAUGUCAGAACGAACUUUCCGAAAAGCCAAUUUCAUUAAGACAAGAUGAAAUAAAGUCAAUUGAUCGCGGAAUUGCUUUUGAUAAUAUGUCCCAUGUCCAUUAUCGCCUUGGACUUGGAACAAACGGUCUUUACAUUGCUUACGGUAUCAUGGACAGAUACAUGUCAAUAAAAUCGCUUCCAAAGAACAAACUUAAGACAUACAGCUGUGCUGCACUUUUCAUUGGCUCAAAGGUUGAGGAUUAUCAUCAACCGCGCAUUGGAGAUCUCAUUCGCAUGGCAGAUCACUGCUUUGGAGAAAAUGAGCGUUCUUUUUCACCAAAAGAACUCUAUGCCGCAGAAAUUGAUUUAAUCAAUACCAUCGGCUUUGAAAUCACAUUCGGAACACCUCUUUUCUAUAUUACUCAGUUAAUGCGUAUCUCUGGACAAACACAAGAGCUAGUCUUACUUGCAAGAUACAUUAUCGAAAUCAUGCAAACAAGCGAUCAGUUUAUUGGUGUUAAGUACUCAAAGCAGACUGCUAUUGCUGUCAUGGUUACAAGGAUUUUAAGUGGUGAUAGCCGUUGGACAAACGCAUUAGCAGGUUACACAACUUACUCAGAAUCAGAUCUCUACAGCUAUGCUUUGAUUGUCAGAAAUAUGCUCGCUGACCAGAAUUUGAUCUCUACACGAUUCAUGAGAAGAAAAUACGGAACAGAAUUGUUCCAUUGCGUUUCUCGUGUUAAGAUUCCAUCGAAUUUCAAAUAA